AUGGCCGUUGAAACCUCGCUGGAAUACCGUGCUGCAUCACUGACCGGCCCCAUCAGCUCGGAUUUCUCCGAGUUCAUUCAGAGCUCUACCGCCAGCACAGUAAACCCAUCCAAUGUUUAUGAACUCACCCAGUCAGAAUCGCUCAUAUUCUUAUACAAUCUUCUUUACGAUGACGAUUCGGCGCUAACAAAAGCAGAUAUAUUAAGCAUUCUAAGUUGCUUGAAAGAACGUGAAUCAAACCUACCGUUUGCUUUCACCCAAAUCGACCCGAAUUCUAACGUCCAGGGCGUCGCCUGGGAUCUCAAUCUCCGGCGCAAAUUUUAUCAAGAACGGGCUCGUGUUGCUAAUUCCCAGUGGUUUACAAAUGUCCCGAUGUCUAGGGAAGAGGCCAUAAAAUUUUCUUUGCAGAGUCUCAAGCUAACUGCCUAUGACACCAAAACCGACUUCUUCGAAUUCCAUAAAUUUUACAGCCGUCUCAAGAACCACAUCACGCAUUUUCAGCUCCGCUCGCUCGUGGUUUGUGGGCAGAAUGCGGUUUCGGGGAUCUUUUAUCCCUCUUCGUAUUUCCAUGACGAUAUGCUUGAGCCAGUAUUUUUAGAGUCUGACUCAGUCCCAGCAAAUGACUGCCAUAGUUUCUUCAAGUUGAUCAGGCUAAUGCAGGAUGAGACUUCUCUGGUUUCCGAGUCUAUGAAACUCGAUUGUUUGGUUGAUUCUAGACACCUCAAGUACCACUCAGCUAGCCGAAUUUCGUCAAUGGCUUGCUCCAGCAAAUUUCUCGCGGCUGGGACGUUUGAAGGUGGCUUUAUCUUGGUGGACAUCGAGGACCCGAACGAUACUAGGCUUUCUACGGAGGUUCUACUAACGCGGUCUUCAGAAGGUAUCACAAACGAUAUAGAUAUCAGCAGCGAUAACCUACGACUUACGGUGGCUUCUAAUGAUGCGAAGUUGCGUCAUUUCGAUGUCGAAAAAUCAAGAAAAACUUCAUCUAUUCAUCUUCCGUUUGCGGUGAAUAGGCUCGUCUCAAAUCCCCAUAAUAACCAGGAGUUUUUUGUGGCCGCAGACAGCAAAGAAAACUUCAUUUGGGAUCGUCGUUGCCUCAGCGAAAAUCCCAAGCCAAGUGUGACGUUUCUGGGCCACAAAGAUUACGGCUUUAGCUGCGACUGGUCGCCGCGAGAUGAGCAUCUUUUGGUUUCAGGAAACCAAGAUGGCACGGUGCGAUUGUGGGAUCGCAGAAUGGCACAUUCAAGCUUACAUUGCUGGAACAGUGCCUUGGGGUCUCACGCUUUUGAUAUUGAUGAGUCCAUUUUGGGCGGCCCUGUUCGGAACUGUAGAUUCAGCCACUUCGGGAAUCAUGUGGUUUGGGCCGAGAGCUUGGAUCAUGUGGGUGUGAUACAAAUGGACGAUUUGAAGAUUGGGGACGAGCUGAUUCAGUCGCGAGUUCAACUGAUUGAUUUUGUUGGCAAAUGCAUAGGUCUCAACGUGCGUCUGACCGACUCAGGUCAUGAUGAAGAGCUCAUUAUUGGUAUCAACGACUGUCCUCUUGGAGGUGUUCUCAGUUACCGAUUGGAUGCACCGGGAAAGCUGCUUCCCCUAGAUUUCGAAUUUUAG